GAAAACUGCUCCAGCCGGAGGGAGACGCGAGCGAGAGAGAGGGAGAAGGGCUGAGUGGGGAGAAGACGCUCUCAGAUCAGUCAGUGGCUUCAUGGAGUUAUGUACCUCUGAUCCGCCGCCAUGGAUUGCAAUCCGCGAUCACUCCUCUUCUUUUUACCUCUUUUGUUGUCCCGCGUUGCCCCCGCGUUCCCCGUCAUCUACCCCCCCAAUGAAGUCAACCUGUUAGACUCCAAAGCAAGCCAGGGGGAGUUAGGAUGGAUUUCCUACCCAUCGCAUGGGUGGGAAGAGAUCAGUGGGGUGGACGAGCACUACACUCCGAUCAGGACCUUCCAGGUCUGCAACGUGAUGGAGUACAGCCAGAACAACUGGCUCCGCACCAACUGGAUCCCUCGCCAGUCUGCCCAGAAGAUCUACGUGGAGCUGAAGUUCACCCUGAGGGACUGCAACUCCAUCCCGCUGGUCCUGGGCACCUGCAAGGAGACCUUCAACCUCCUCUACCUGGAGGCGGACGACGACGAGGGCAGCCACUUCAGGGAGCACCAGUUCACCAAGAUCGACACCAUCGCCGCUGACGAGAGCUUCACCCAGAUGGACCUCGGUGACCGCAUCCUCAAGCUCAACACCGAGGUGCGCGAGGUGGGCCCCAUGACCAGGAAGGGCUUCUACCUGGCGUUCCAGGACGUGGGCGCCUGCGUAGCUUUGGUUUCGGUGAGGGUUUACUUCAAGAUGUGCCCGCGCACCGUGAGGAAUCUGGCUUCCUUCCCCGACACUGUGCCCAUGGACUCGCAGUCCCUGGUGGAGGUCAAAGGCCUCUGUGUCAAUCACUCCAAAGAGGAGGAGCCUCCGCGAAUGUACUGCAGCACAGAGGGGGAGUGGCUCGUGCCUAUUGGGAAGUGCCUGUGCAACCCGGGUUACGAGGAGCGGAGCAGCACCUGUCAAAUGUGCAGGGCGGGUUUCUACAAGUCCACGCUCGGGAACAUGGAGUGCUCCAAGUGUCCCCCGCACAGCGUCUCCCACCACGAGGGGGCGCUGCACUGCGGCUGCGAGAAGAACUACUUCCGCGCGGAGGGCGACCCCCCCGCCAUGGCCUGCACCCGUCCUCCUUCAGCUCCUCGCAACGUGAUCUCCUCCAUCAACGAGACGUCGGUCAUCCUGGACUGGAGCUGGCCAGAGGACACCGGUGGCCGCCGGGACGUCACCUUCACUGUUCUCUGCAAACGCUGCCGUGCCGUCGCGGCCAACGGCAGCAACGGCGGCACCAUGCGCUGUGAGCCGUGUCGGAGCAACGUUCGAUUUCUGCCGAGAGCCGCGGGCCUCCACAACACCACGGUGACGGUGGGCGACCUGCUCGCUCACACCAACUACACAUUUGAGAUUGAAGCGCAGAACGGGGUUUCACCUUCGGCACCCAAGAUGAGGCAGUACGCCGCCGUCACCAUCACCACCAACCAAGCUGCUCCAUCUCCGGUAACAGUGAUCAGAAAGGAAAAGACGUCUCGGAACAGUGUGUCUCUGUCCUGGCAGGAACCAGAACGACCCAACGGCAUCAUCCUGGACUAUGAGAUCAAAUACUACGAAAAGGAGGAGCAUGAGACCAGCUACACCAUCCUCCGUGCACGCGGCUGCAAUGUGUCUCUAAACGGGCUGAAGCCCAACACCGCCUACCUGCUGCAGAUCCGAGCUCGCACCGCCGCCGGGUACGGAGCCAGCAGCCCCAGCUUCCAGUUCGAGACCAGCCCCGACUCAGCCUUCUCUAUCUCCAGUGAGAACAGUCAGGUGGUUCUGAUCGCCAUCUCCUCUGCCGUGGCCAUCAUCCUGCUCACCGUGCUGCUCUACGUCCUCAUCGGCAGGUUUUGUUGCCACAGCAGAUCCAAACAUCCUGAUGAGAAAAGACUGCACUUUGGCAACGGUCACUUGCGUCUGCCGGGUAUCAGGACCUACGUGGACCCCCACACGUACGAGGACCCGAGCCAGGCCGUGCACGAGUUCGCCAAAGAGCUGGACGCCUCCUGCAUCGCCAUAGAUAAAGUUGUGGGAGCAGGGGAGUUCGGCGAGGUGUGCAGUGGUCGCCUGAAGAUGCCCAACAAGAAGGAGAUCUGUGUGGCCAUCAAGACUCUAAAGGGAGGAUACACGGACAAGCAGCGGCGGGACUUCCUCGCCGAGGCAUCGAUCAUGGGGCAGUUUGACCACCCCAACAUCAUCAGGCUGGAGGGGGUGGUGACGCGCAGUAAACCCGUGAUGAUUGUCACAGAAUACAUGGAGAACGGAUCCCUGGACAGCUUCCUGAGGAAGCACGAUGCCCAGUUUACAGGGAUCCAGUUGGUCGGCAUGCUGCGCGGCAUCGCCUCGGGUAUGAAGUACCUGUCGGACAUGGGCUACGUUCACCGAGACCUGGCAGCUCGAAACAUCCUGGUCAACAGCAACCUGGUGUGUAAAGUGUCCGACUUCGGCCUGUCCCGAGUUCUGGAGGACGACCCGGAGGCUGCGUACACCACCAGGGGAGGUAAGAUCCCGAUUCGGUGGACGGCCCCAGAGGCCAUCGCCUACAGGAAGUUUACGUCGGCCAGUGAUGCUUGGAGUUAUGGCAUCGUGCUCUGGGAGGUGAUGUCAUACGGAGAGCGGCCGUACUGGGAGAUGUCCAAUCAGGAUGUAAUAAAAGCUGUGGAUGAGGGUUACCGCCUCCCCCCGCCCAUGGACUGUCCCGCCACUCUCUACCAGCUGAUGUUGGACUGCUGGCAGAAGGAGAGGAACAACCGGCCGAAGUUUGAACAGAUAGUCAGCAUCCUGGAUAAACUCAUCCGCAACCCUGGUAGCCUGAAGAUCACGGCCAACACCACGUCCAGGCCGGCCAACUUGUUGCUGGACAGGAGUAGUGCAGAGGUUCCCUCGAUGGAGACCAUGAGUGAAUGGAUGGACGGAAUGAGGACCUUACCCUGCAAGGAGGCCUUCUCUGGGGUCAGCUACAGCUCCUGCGACACCCUGGCUAAGACUUCCACAGAAGAUCUGAAAAAGGUCGGAGUGACAAUUGUAGGACCUCAGAAGAAUAUCGUGAGCAGCCUCAAAGCCCUAGAUUCCCACACCAAGGACGGCCCAGUACCUGUUUAAUAAUAAAGAAAAAAACGACAUGUCUUUCCGUCUGUGUUAACAGACUGUGGUUGCUAUUCGCACUCUAACACAGUGGCUGCGUAUCCAAACCACAAACGGAUGGAAGAGGAGGAAAAAUGUACGAUUCAGGCGAGGGGCUUUGAUUGUUUUGUUGAGAGACGAUGUCAAGUCCUGACAAGUGGAGCAGGAGGGAGAUCAGCUGGUGAAACGGCUGACCCUUCAUCCAUCUGUCCCUCCAUGCCCAAGUUGAGAUGCCUUACAGACUAACCAGAGGCUGGGGAGAGCCAAGGAGGGGAGGGAGACCUGGUCAGGGAUUCAAACUGGGUCUGGACUUGGAUACAGGGCAAGGACUGGACUAACAUGGAGGCCCGAGCGCUCCAAUAUUGGCAAAGCCGGUUAGCAUAGCCUUCCCUUUUACGGCUAAUAAAGGGAUUCAGGCAAUGCUCACAGUCUCUUCCCACCAGCCUGUGGAACGAGGCGGUGAAACGUCUGCGAGGCCUCGUGUGGAGGAGCAGUGGUGGACAAUAGCAGCUCACCUGGAUGUGGACCCUUCCUGGACUAAUGAAGCCUGAGGUGUGAGGUGUUGACGUGAACUACCUACAUUUACCGUCUCUGUCCAUGAGAGAGCUGAGCUGGUAUUUACACCAAGACCAUAACCCAACCAUUUUACUCCGUAGCUCUAACCUAUAGCAUUUGCAUUCAGUUAGAAAUGUCACAUAAAAGCAAUAAUGAUGAUAAUCAGAUAAAUAGUCUCAUCGUGGAAGCCAUGACUCCGUCACAUGUAUAACGUAGUGAACGCUGCGCUUCGAAAGGUACAGAGGCCAUAACACACUUCACACACAGAGUUUUGAUAUGUUCAAUGUGCUUACGAGCAGAUGCUGUACAGUUUUUAGUGCCGUUCCCUCAACCGAAUGCCCUUUGUGUGAAAUCUCAGGAUGUAUUCAUUCAUUUUUGUUUGGUUCUAACAGGGAGAAACAGAGCGAGCGAGAGGAAGCAUUGCCAGGAAUUGAGAUUGUAGGUUAGGAAAGAAGGGAGCUAGAAAAGGUUGAGGCGGAGGAAACAGACUAAGAGAACUUAAACCAGGCCUGUUGCACAGAGGAGAAUAAGCCUGAUUAUGGGUCUGAUUCCAUCAUCCUGAUGAUCGCGGGGGCAUCGAAGAUUUGAAUGCUAUGAUCUGAACAGAUUAUCCCCAGAGACAUCGUUUUAAUGUCAUUGACUGAAUCUGAGCCUCCCUGGUUUCGGACUGAGGAGGCCCUCUCCAAGGGAAAACUGGGGAGAUAGCAGUUUGGAGUGUGAGCAAAAACCAGCAUUAGCCAAUGAGAGCAAGCUGAAGCGUUGUGAUGCCGGCCUCCAUGUUUGUUUAUAUUCAGAAGUCUGUGAGGUCCCGGAAGCUCCAGAAUCACGGGAAUCUCCACUCAGAGAUUUGUCGAGCGUUCUUGAUUAAAUGAUCAAACAUCAGUUACAUCUGUCGUUAAGUCUUAGUUCUCUCACGUCAGUUAAGAUUUGAAAAUCUUCCAGUGUGCAGCAGGCAGUAGAUGAAGCAGUGUCAUCUCUCCAGGCCUCCGCUUCAGAUGCUGCUGUGUUGUGGAAGUGUUUCAAACUAGACGUGAGUUUGUACUCGAGCUUCUUCCUCAGGUUUUAGCGGAUUGGCGUCAUCAGCCCCACAGAACACCAGGUGUAGAGUCACACUGCUUCUCUGUCGUUUGCUUUGGUCUGAAUCACUAACUUAUUAACAAAAGCCGCGGGGGAAUCUGUCGUUCACAUCUCUAAUCAGAACUGUGCUGUAAAAAAUACUUUGUUCUACUAUAAAAAUUUGCUCUUAAUCCAUAAAUCCUGGUGUGUUAAAUGCAAAAGUAAAAUUCCAUCUUUUUUUCAAACCCGUGUGGGAUCUGUCAUUUACUGCUUUGAUCGGAAAUUUGCUGUAAGAGAAAAGAAAAAAAACUACUUUGUUCUUGUUUAAAUUUAGCUCUUAAUCCUUAAAUCCCGGCGUGUUAAAUGCAAAAAGUAGAGUGCCUCCUGUUGCUGUGUUCAGGGUCGGUUCAUGGUGGGAUCGCCAAGCAAAAAGCUCCAGUUUGUCUUCGUCUUCAACAAAGUCUCGGUGUAUUUUCUGUGUUCUCACGAGGACAUCGGGGUUUACUGUCACUGCCGUAAACCAACAGCAGCGUGUGGAGAUGCCCUGAGACAGAUGUAACACUUCCAAUAGAUUCUUCUCUCAUCAUACGUCCAGGAUUGGGAUUUCCUAAGGGCACCUUAGAACUAAAAGGCUGUACAAUGAAGUACAUGUUUAAAGACGCCUCCUGCUUCAAUGUCACCCGGUCAACACACAGCCAGUAUUUCUAAACUGGACACUUUGGUACGUUGUGCUGUUGGUCGGGUCAUAUUUAACCAGGAGGUGUCUUCUUUGGGCCUGUUCCAAGCACUUAGUACACAGUAUUUGAGCACUUUCAAUGGAAAUGUAACUGCCUUGGCUAUAGACUUAAGCUUAAUAAAUGGACCGGGGGGGGUGGGGGUAGAGUCUGGUGCUUUUGGGAAACCCAGCCCUGUUCAGUGUCAUCGGUCGCUCCUCUGUUACUCGGUCAACCUGUGGAUGCUGCUGUUGCUGCUAAGUGUUCCAAUUAGCAUGUACAUACUGUCCACCAUGGUAACGACAGCAGCUAGCACCACAGAUCCCACUAUUUGUACAUGGCCAUCCCUCUUUGUAAAAAUGUUUGUAUGUAUAAAAGAAUAAAUAAAAAAAAGUGGUGCGACAUUUUAAUUAAAAAAAAAAGAGUCAAAAAUCAUCUGUAUUAUAUUUUAUCGUGUUUUGAGUUAUGAUUGUCCACUUUUCUUUUCUUUUUCUACAAUAAAAAGGCGAUUAUGAUUACGUUAUUAUUUAUUUGUUAACAUUAUAAAGCGCAAUGUGUUUCUUUCUUUCGUAGCAUACAGUUAAAUUAUGUGUCAGCGCUAUCUGUGUUUUUUGGUUUUAUUUUGACUUACUUAUCUGAGAGAGCAAUACUGUUAUAAUGCACCCCUAUAUCCAGAUCCCUCAUCUUCUGUCUCAAGACUGACUCGUGUGUCUGUGUGAGAGUUUCCGUGUGCAAAUGUAGAUGGCCUUUGUCUACUAAUGUAAAAUGAUUUGUAGUGGAAACAUUUAUAUUUUUAUAAUAAAUAUUGGCAAAAUAUUUUCCAAAAAAUGGACGAUGA